AUGCUGUUCCGCCCUCUUUCCGCCCUCGCUUGGGCAUCGCUAUGCACCGCGGCGGCCACAACCCGUCUCCUCAAAGAACGCGUCCACGACCCGCAUCACUGGCGUCGCGUCGACACCGCACCCCGUUCCCACGUCAUCCCGCUCAAACUCGCGCUCCCACAGUCACGGUUCGAUGAGCUCGAAGAUCAUCUACUGGCCGUGAGCGAUCCGGAGCAUGAGCGGUAUGGGCGGCAUUUGACGAAAGGAGAGGUGGAGGAGCUUGUUAGGCCGGGGGAGGAGAGUGUGAGGGUUGUGGAGGAGUGGUUGGAGGAGAUGGGGUUUGGGGAGGGUGAGGCGGAGUGGUCGGUGGCGAGGGAUUGGGUGUUGGUCAAGGUACCGGUCGGGCUUGCGGAGGACAUGCUCGAUACAACAUUCCACACAUGGCAACAUACGUCCAGUGGCGCUUACACCGUCCGCACGACGAGCUAUGCACUUCCCAAACACGUCCACCCGCACAUCGAACUCGUAUACCCAACCACUUACUUCGGAGAUAUGCGCCCGAUGAGUAGUACAGUGCAAACGUCCAAAGCGGACAAGUCACUAUUGGAGAACUACAGGGCGGCGGCGGCACAGCGUUUACAGGGUUCGGAGGCGAACAACGGGACUAUCGACCCGUCAUGUGGGCAGAUGAUUACGCCGGAUUGCUUGCUUGACUUGUAUAAUGCGCGAGGCUACAAUGCGUCUGCCGACAGCAAUAACAGUGUCGGCGUGACAGGAUUCCUCGGUCAGAACGCAGUCUUCACAGAUGUGCAAUCGUUUUACGCCGACUAUGUCCCGGAGGCGGCGAACUCGUCUUUCAACGUCGUACUCGUCAACGGUGGCGAGAACAACCAGAGCCUCUCAGAGGCAGGCCAAGAAGCCGAUCUUGAUGUUCAAUACGUGUUUGGGUUGUCGUAUCCUACGCCCGGCACGUUCUGGUCCGUUGGUGGUAGUCCGCCGUUUGAUCCCGAUACCAGCACCCCGGAGAACCGCAAUGAACCCUACAGUGAUUGGCUGGACUACAUCCUGGCGCAAGAUGAGAUCCCGCAGACAGUCUCCUCCAGUUACGCCGAUGACGAGCAAACCGUACCCAUGGCAUACGCACAAUUUGUCUGCCGCAAGUUCGCUCAACUCGGCGCUCGAGGUGUAUCCGUCCUGGUAGCCUCCGGUGAUCAAGGAACCGGAGACGUGAACCCUGAUCCGGAGACUAGCGACCUCUGUAUUGCCAACGAUGGAUCCAAUCACACGAUGUUCCUUCCCAAGUUCCCUGCGAGCUGCCCGUAUGUCACCGCUGUUGGUGGCACGCGGGAGAUUCCAGAGGUUGCGGCCAACUUUUCUAGUGGGGGGUUCAGCAACUACUUUACAACGCCAAAGUACCAGCAGUCCGUUGUGUCCUCAUACAUAUCCUCGCAUGUGCCCGACAGCUACAUCUCGUCAGGACUGAUGAACGCGAGCGGCCGUGCCUUUCCCGACGUCUCAGCUCAAUCAGUCAACUACCUCACCUACUUCGGCGGCGAGCUUUCAACAAACACCGGUACCUCCGCAUCAGCACCCGCCUGGGCCGCCAUCAUCUCCCUACUGAACGACGCGCGCCUUCGUAACGGGCGUUCCGCGCUCGGCUUCUUGAACCCCUUGCUCUACUCCAAGAACGUGAGCGCUGCGCUCAACGACAUCACGGAGGGCGCGAAUCUCGGAUGUGGGACGGAGGGCUUCAACGCUACGGAGGGAUGGGACCCAGUUUCUGGACUGGGUACGCCGGACUUUUGGAAGCUCAAGGCGGUUGUAGCUCCGUGA